UGCGUAUGCUGAGCAUCAGACGAAACGUUCAAGACAAUAGAGCAAAGGGAUACAUUUUAACAAAAAGCGGUCUGCGAUACUGUCAUCUGUAGAAUUUUCUAAAGACAUUCAGCUGAAACAUGCCUUUUCUUGGACAGGAUUGGAGGUCGCCUGGACAGAGUUGGGUUAAAACAGGAGGAGGAUGGAAAAAAACAUCAAAUGAAGAAAAAAACAACAACGUUUCAGACGAGAGCUACUGCAAAGUAGAGAAGGAGUGCUUUAAGGAGAAUGUGCUGUUGACCAUUAGUUACGACAUGGCAGCCAAGAAAAGAAAAAAGGAUUUAAUCAACAACAAUUCCAAGGUUCCCUAUUUCCACAGAGAAAAAUGGAUCUAUGUUCACAAAGGAAGCACCAAAGAGCGUCAUGGAUAUUGUACGCUGGGAGAAGCCUUCAACCGCUUGGAUUUCUGCAGCGCUAUCAAAGACACCAGGCGAUUUAAUUACAUCGUUCGGCUGCUGGAGCUCAUAGCCAAGUCCCAGCUCCCUUCCCUGAGUGGAGUAGCUCAGAAAAACUACAUGAACAUCCUGGAAAGAGUAGUGCAGAAAGUACUAGAUGACCAACAAAACGUGCGUCCCAUCAAGGAGCUGCUCCAGAGCCUUUACAUGUCGCUUUGCAGCCUGGUCCAAGACAUGGGGAAGUCUGUUCUGGUGGGAAACAUCAACAUCUGGGUCCACCGCAUGGAGAACAUCCUGCAGUGGCAGCAACAACUGGACAACAUCCAAAUCAACAGGCCUGUGUCCUGUGGGAUGAACUUGACUGACCUGCCCGCCAGCCUGCAGCUGAACAUCAUGCAGUGUCUGUCGGACGGACAGGACCUGGUGAGCCUGGGGCAGGUAUGUCCAGACCUGGGGACCCUCACUGAAGACCGGCUUCUCUGGAAGAGUCUCUGCCAGUACCACUUCACAGACAGACAGAUCCGCAAGCGCCUGAUCAUGUCAGACAAGGGCGGUCUUGAGUGGAAAAAGAUGUACUUCAAGCUGUGUAGGUGCUACCCACACAGAGAGCAGUACAGUGACACCUUGCACUUCUGCACACACUGCCACAUCCUCUUCUGGAAGGAUACAAAUCAUCCCUGCACAGCCAACAACCCAGAGAGUUGCACCAUCUCUAUCUCUCCCCAAGAGUUCAUCAACCUCUUCAAGUUCUGAGACAUGAACAGCGGAACCUGACUGAUGGAUUGUACAUACUGUACAUACUAUAUUAUUGUUGAUUUCUCAAAAGGAUUCCUGGACUGACAGACUGUGGGGAGUGGGACAGGGGAUGUAAUUAAGUACCUGCUCGAAGAGCGGAGCAUUCUGGGGAGCUUUUCAGCAGGAAAUGAAAUUAAUAUCGUAGAGAGGGUGAAAAUAGAGAUACAACAUGGUAGCAAAAGAAAACAAAGGUACUCUCAAGUUGAUAAUAGGUUAAAGAGUGGUUCAUGACUGUUUGAUUUGUUAUUAAUUAGAAAUGUUUUUGGGAUACAUUUUUGAAUUUCUUGGUGGAACAUUAACUUGAAAUUAAGCCAAAGGUAUUUAAUCAGUAUUUCAAGAGUUGAGAAUGUAAUUGUCGGGUGCUCUGAGAAACUUUGCAAAAUGUCCUUUUGUUUUGUCAUAUAGGGACAAACAGGAUUGUGUAGAUAUUGAAUAGAUUAAAUAGGUGAUAGGAGUUACCAUUUUGAUACUCAUUUAUAGGAUGACCUAUCUUUUCUUAAUUUAUUUUUUUGCUUUUUCACUUUUAUACGUUUUGAUAUCUAAAAAGAUAGUGUAUGAAUGUGUUUACGUUUUCAUAGCUGUAAGUAGUUACAACAGUAUCACAGUAUUACCAAAGAUAGAAUAGAAAUACAAAAUAAUAAUAGUGUGCCUUUUAUAUCAUGACUGAUGACAGUUAACUAAUGUAGGCUGUUUCACAGGUCACUAUAUUCGUUCACAUUUUUUUAUAAUAACUUAAUUGACAACCUAAGAUGGUACUGUCUCUAAUUCAAGUUCAGAGACAAGAUGGAACUUUAAUAGCUUUAAUAAUUUUAAGAUGUUUAUUAAAGGCAACCUGCAUGAUAGUAACUUUUUCACCCACAUUUUGUUCUGUGUUCUCAUGUUCAUGGGUAUGACAGCGAGGAACUAGAUCUUAAAUGGUGCAAUUUUGACUCAAACCCUCCCUCUGCUUUCACGUGAGAAGUCGAAGGACAUGCUGUGCAAUUGUUGUGUCAUAUCUGAUAAAUAAAACCUUUUAGAAAAUA